CACUGAAAGUUCAUCCACACCCUGUCUCCCCAUGCCCACAGCGUUUUUCUCAGGGCCUUCACAGUUCUGUCCUCAAAAAAUUAUCCAUUUCCCCUUUUGGAAGUUCCCAUUGAAUCUGCUUCCACCUCACUCUCAGCCUCUUAGAGUCCCCAGAUCACAGUCACUAGCUGUAAACUGCACCCCACUAACCACUCCGCCAUCCUUUCUCAGAUCCCCUCACUCUGUGCCCCUCUGGUUACUGACCAUCCUGCCACUGAAACAGUUUCUCAGUGUUUUCUCUAUGAAGCCCUUUAUCAUCUGUCUCUUGACACUACACGUGUUAUUAAAUUAUGAUCUUUGCUCUAAAAAAUUUAUCUGAAUUGGAAUUUGGCCGCUCAUUAGAGUUGGGACCACAUUUGAGCAAAUGUAUCACAGUUCACAGUGACAGAGAUGUUGGAAGUUCCACGUUUUCUUGGGAUCAGUGGAAGAUGAUGAACCUGCACAAACAGACCAACUCCUUAUCAACGGCUGAUAAGAUUCGGCUUAUAUAGAGCAAGUGCCGGUGAGACUGGGACACGGAGCUCUAGGAUCAGUAGAAGCAGACCAGCUGUAAAGAAGAACAGAAAUUGUAAUUAAUUUGCACAAAAUCCAGGAUGUUUCCCAGAGCAAUCCUUGUGCUUCUAACUGCUUUCUUGGUGUUAGGCUCCCAGGUUCAGGUCCACGGAGAUGAGGUCCAGGAUGCUUUCUGGGACUACAUCAGUCAGUUGACCAACAAUGCCAAGGACAAUAUUGACCAGAUCCAGGGCUCAGAAAUCAGCGAUCAGCUCCGUGAUUUCCUAAAGGAUAAUGUGGAGGCUGUCCAAGACUACACUGAGAAUCUCCGCCAGAAACUGGCUCCCCUCACAGACGAGCUGCGUCUGAAGGUGACGUUUGACAGUGAGAAACUUCGGCAGACGAUCAGGCACGAGCUGCAGGACCUGAGCAGGAAACUUGCUCCUUUUGCUGAUGGAGUCCACCAGAGCCUGAGUAGAAACCUUGCAGAAUUCCACCGUAAGCUGACACCUUACAAUGAGCAACUCCAACAGCAGCUGAGGAAUAAUGCUGAGGAACUUCGCCAGACAGUGGCUCCCUACACCAAAGCUCUUCAGGACAAACUGAGCGAGAAUGCUGAAAACCUGAGGGGUGUUCUCACUCCCUACGCUGAGCAGCUCCAGCUGGAGAUUCAGGACAAUGUCAAUAAUCUCAGGCAGAAGGUGAGUGUAAAUGCGAGGGAAUUCCGCAGCCAGCUAGAUGAGAAAGUGCAGGAGCUCCGCGAUAGCCUGAGUCCUUACGCCAGUGAUGUCCAGAACAAGAUGAACCAACAGAUCAGUGAAAUGACUCAGAGGGUUGCACCUUAUGCUGAGGAGCUGCAGACAAAGCUGGAUGAGAAUGUGGAAGUUCUGAAGCAAAGGCUAGUCCCUUACAUUGCAGAACUGAAAGUGAAACUCAAUGAGAACUUGGGAAGCAUGAACCAAAAUCUGGCUCCAUACAUUGAAGAUCUCAACAGCAUCAUUAACCAGAACAUUGAAGAGUUCCACCAGAACAUCACCCCCUAUUCAGAGGAGCUGCAUCAAAUAAUCAGUCAGAAUGUCCAGGAGAUGCAAGACAGACUCGCACCAUACGCAGAAAUUCACCAGGAUCUUCAAAUCCGACUUUCAGCUUUAUGGGACAAAUUCCGUCAGAACAAGGAGAACUGAUUGAGAAAUGGAAAGUUAUUCCAUCAGACUGUGUAUCAGGAAUGCAAAACCUUGUUGGAGGACAGAGAACUGUUUGAUUAUAAAUAUUACCAUGUAUUUAAACCACUAAUGGCAUGUUAAAUUAUCGAUGAAAUGUCUUGAAAUUACUUCAGUAUUGAUAAUAUUUUCAUGUUUCCGUUCCUUGUGAAGUUCAAAUUAAUAAAUAUCUUUUUUUGGAAGACUAUUUAUUCAUCAGCAAAGUUCCUGACUUUAGAAUUUCGCCUGGUGAUCCCUAUGAGUUCAGUCACAGCUCUUUCCUGAUGGGAGACACAAGGAACAAUAGCACAGGACCCAUACUGGACAGUUUCAGUAUCCCACCGUGACCCAUACUGGACAGUUUCAGUAUCUCACCGUGACCCACACUGGACAGUUUCGGUAUCUCACCGUGACCCCCACUGGACAGUUUCGGUAUCUCACUGUGACCCACACUGGACAGUUUCAGUAUCUCACUAGCCAUUUUUCAUUCGUAUGCAUGG